AUGAAUCAAUUUCCUGUGGGAUUUUUAAUCGGCGUAGCCACUUCAUCCUACCAAGUUGAAGGUGCUUGGGACUUUGGAGGAAAAGGAGAGAAUAUUUGGGACAGACUUGUACACACAAAUCCUGGGGCUGUCGAAGACAAAACCAAUGGUGAUAUCAGCUGCAAUUCCUAUUUUAUGUACCGAGAGGACAUAAAAAUAAUUAAAGAUAUUGGAUUCGAUUUCCAUCGAUUCUCAAUAAGUUGGGCACGCAUCCUCCCAGUGGAGAAGGACAUGACAUAAACAUAGAAGGAAUUAAUCAUUACAAAAGUUUCAUAGAUGAACUUCUGGCAAAUGGGAUCCAACCAAUCAUUACAAUGUACCACUGGGACCUUCCCCAAAAGCUUCAGGAUAUUGGCGGCUGGACCAAUCCACUUAUAGUAGACCAUUUUGUCGAUUACGCCAAAGUUUUGUUCGAAAAUUAUGGCGACCAGGUGAAGUAUUGGACGACCAUCAACGAGCCGUUGGAAAUGAGCAGAGGAUACGGUGAUGUCAGUUUCGCUCCGAUGCUGAACUUGCACGGUGUUGGCAAUUACCUAGCGGGACAUCACAUGCUGUUAGCCCAUGCCAAGGCUUAUCGGCUCUACGACCAACUGUUCCGAAAACACCAAAAAGGUAUGGUUUCAAUUGGAAUAUCUGGAUUGUACUCAUUCCCGUCAUCUGAUUCAGAAGAGGACAAAGAAGCCGCGGAGCGUGAUAUGCAGUUUUCGAUUGGAUGGUUUGCCCACCCUAUAUUCUCCAGAGAUGGUGAUUAUCCUGAAGUGAUGAGGCAGCGAGUGGAUAUGAACAGUAAGGCGGAAGGUAGGAGCAGAUCAAGGCUGCCUGUGUUCACUAGCGAAGAGGUUGCGCUCAUUAAAGGAUCUGCUGACUUUUUCUCUUAUCAACAUUAUACAUCACAUGAAGUUGCCAAUGGUGAACAAGGGAAAACUCCAUCUCAUGAAAGGGAUAGUGGUGUUCUAGACAAACACACUAAAAAUUGGCUUUCUUCAAACAUAACAUGGAUUAAAGUAGUACCUGAGGGUUUGCGAUUGGUACUGAAUUGGAUUAAGGGUCAGUAUGAUAAUCCUAACAUAUUCAUUACAGAGAGUGGUUAUGGAAGUAUGAGUGAGAAAUCUCUCAAUGAUAAUGACAGAAUAUAUUACUUCACGGAGUAUUUGAAAGAGUUACUCAAAAGUAUUCAUGAAGAUAAGUGCAAUGUAAUGGGAUAUACUGCUUGGAGUCUACUAGACAAUUUUGAAUGGCUCAUGGGCUAUAGGGCUCAAUUCGGUUUGGUCCACGUUGAUUUCAAAGACCCUGAAAGAAAAAGGCAACCCAAAAAAUCAGCUGAAUUCUUUAAAAAACUAUUAAAGACCAGAUCUAUUGAUUUACAAGACUAA